UAUAACCUGUUCUUAUAUUUACACUUGGAUGGGAACCAUACAGGCUCGGCUGUGGUAGUUCUGAGCUAUUGAAGAAAGAUUUCUAGAAUUGCAAACAUGUGUUUUGGAAAGUGUGCGAGAUACAUUGGGUACAAGUUGCUCAUUCUUGCCUUUCUCUGCAUUGUGGCUAACAUCUUGCUUUACUUUCCCAAUGGUGAAACAAGGUUCGCUUCAGAAAAUCUGCUUAGCAAGUAUGUGGGGUACUUCCAUGGAAUUAUAGGAGGAGGGAUUUUGAUAUUCCUCGUAGCUGCAGUGUUCAUCGGACUAGAAUAUGACAAUUGCUGUGGAUGCUGCGGGUAUGAGAACUGUGGGAAAAGCUGUGCAAUGCUGUCCUCUGUUCUGGCUGCCUUCAUUGGGAUCCUGGGGUCCGGAUACUGCCUCAUCAUUUCAGCCUUGGGUUUAUCUGAUGGCCCUUACUGCCUCUCCUCUGUGAAACAGAACUGGGCCUACCCUUUCGUUAACUCCAGUGGUGGGUAUCUACUGGAAAGUGACAGGUGGUCUGAGUGUCGGGAGCCACAGAAUGUUGUGGAAUGGAACUUGACCCUCUUUUCCAUUCUUUUGGUCUUGGGAGGAAUUGAAUUAAUUCUGUGCACCAUCCAAGUAAUCAACGGUUUUCUUGGAGGAAUAUGUGGAGUUUGCUGUGAUGGGGAAGAGAAAUAUGCUUGCUAGAAGAUUUGCACCUGAAAAUGGGCUGAACUCACUGUAAUUAUGUCUUUAUUUGUGGUAUUUUGUAAAACAUUUAUUUGAAUGUUUUGUUUUAUAUUGUACAUACGGUAAAUUAUAAAUCAAAUUGGUUAUUUCAUGCUACAUUUGUUCUUGCCAAACUGCAUUGUCACCAUUAAUUCACAGAUAAUUCCAAGGUUCUGUCCUUGGAAAUGUGCAGGAUUCCCAAAGAACACAAAAGUUAUUAUGUGUGUGCCCCUAAAAGCAGGAGUUGCUUGCUGUGAUUUUUGUCAUUAUAAAUAUAUAUUUCUUGCAUAAAAGGAUUUCAUUGGUUUAUUUAAACAUGCGAGUAACUGAUUGCAAUGAUGGGGUUAACUUUCUCACUACAGGCAUACAGUCUUGAUUUUGAUAA